AAAAAUGUCAUAGCAGAGAGGCCCAUAACAUCACAUCUCAAAAAAAGGUUGAGGCGCUCUGCUGAUCUUUAGAAAUUUAACUCUAAUUAUACUAUUUGAAAGCUUGCAGGCUUGAAACAAAUGAAACAUGCACCACCCUGUCGCUGUACUCAAACGGCUACGGCGCAACAACUUGAAGCCAAAUGUUAACCUUGCACUCGGACUGUUGCGGCCCUGUUAUGGCCCUGUUGUGGCAAGGGUUGAUUGCCUAUAAGUUGAAGACCCUGCAAGGAUCUGGAGCUGGCAAGGAGCCUCUUCAGACGCCCAGGACAAGCCUUCAUCUGCCGUUGGAAGACCGCCUCACACAGGUCUAGGUUUCUCGCUCAUUGUUGCCAUUUGCCUCAUUCAUCCAGGUAACCAGAAAGUCCGUUAUCAUGUCGUCGAGCCGAGUUCCUUUAGUUGUGCCAUUAUGCCUGCUAUUAAGCUUGUUCACUAGCGUCUGCCACUCGUCACGGCCAGAGGCACUUGAUGUGUGCCCCUGGACCCGGCUAGACCAGAGUCUAUUUCUACCCUGCUGCAAAGUCGAAUCUAACGAGGAUGUGCUGGUCUUGGAGGGCAUGGACGGCUUGGAUUGGGAGAGCUCAGCAAAUUACAGAAGCGAUUCGGGAUUCGCAAGGCCAGCAAACGCAAGCAAUUCCAACAACGCCUGGGAUACACUCUGGAGGGGUCCGCACGCAUGCGCCGGCGAGUUCUGCGUCUACUCUAACCCGGGCUUUGCCAACGGCCAUGGGAUGGUCUUUAUCGGAAAAGCCCGCAACGCCGAGAUCCUGGCCCGCGUUCUGAAAGUAAGCAGUGACUCCGCCGUGGACAACGCGCCGGCGGAACGAACGCUCUUUGAACGGAGAGAAAUACCCGGAAAGGGAGUCGGGCUCGUUGCGCGCCGCCCCAUCAGCCGCGGGCAGCUCAUCAUGGCGCAGUGGCCCGCUCUCGUCACAGAUAUCAAGACGUUUGACAGUUCCGAAGACGACCAGACGCGCCUGUUUAACGCCGGCAUCGAGCAGCUGCCCAGCGAGACCGUGAUGGAGUUUCUGUCGCAAGCAUCGCAAACGAACUCGACGAAGCGAGGGGCCAAGAUCAGGGAUAUAGCAAACACAAACUCGUUCAACCUAAACAUAGCUGGUGUUCCGCACGCGGGGACCUUCCUUGGCGUCUCGAGACUUAACCAUGACUGCCGGCCAAACCUGGCCUUCCACGUUGCAAAGUCAUUCGUCCAUACCACCCACGCCACCCGCGACAUCGCGGCGGGCGAGGAGCUCACCAUCUCGUAUAUCGACUCGUACAGCGCCCGGCAGGUCCGCCAGGAGCGUCUCAAGCGCAACUGGGGCUUCACCUGCACGUGCCCGCACUGCAGCCUCUCCGAGGCCAUGGGUAAACUGUCCGACAGCAGACUGUACGCCAUCUACCAGCUGGACAACAGCCUGCGCAACCUGACGUGGCGCGAGGACGGCCCCGCGCUGCCCAACUCGGUCGACUUGAUGCUGAGCCUGAUCCGCCAGGAGAGGCUGGAAUUUUCGGUGGCCGAGGCCUACCGGCUGGCCGCCGAGACGUACGGCUCGCUUGGCUCGAGGGAACUGGCGCUCAAGUAUGCUCACAUGGCGCUGGAGGCGGGAGUUGUGGAGCAGGGUGCCGCUUCGCCCCUGGUGGUCGAUAUGGAGGACUUUGUGAAGGAUCCUUCGUCGCAUUGGAGUUGGUUGAAAAGGGUGGAUGGGUCGGGUGAUGGAAUGCACUGAUACUUGGGUGGUAUAGGAUUUGGUGCCAUUGGCACCUACUCAGUGCUGUGUAUAAAGGAGCGCUAAAAUACGCCGGUGGAAAUCAUGCUAUGACGCGAAAGGAUUAAGGCCAAUCAAUACUAGCCAGAACCCCAUCUGUCUGAUAGGCCUACCGUCCAUCCUUGAAAAUUCCUGUCGCUUGCCGGUAAAAUUUUGUUGCUACGCUCCAGUGCGUCAACAACAUACUCCAGUGCAUCCUCUGGUAGGCUAACAUCUUGCACGUCCGAACUGAAGGAUUCCAACAUCUUGUCUGCCUCCUCAUCGCUAAUCACUUUGAAUAGCAGUUUGAUAGCGGGAGUCUUAGUGGUAUUGCCCCGAGUCGAUGUGUAGCUUAUAGUGCUGUUGAGUACCCAUGUAUGCAACGACCUGCCUCGCUUCUUUGCCUCGUGAUCUUUACCAGACAAGAAACCUGUCAUGGGAGUGAUAAGAGACUUGGAAGACCCCGAACGAGCAACAUUUGCGAGCAGUGAUGCGGCCAGACACUGGACAGCUGACGGGGGUUUACCGCUCUUGGUUUUGCUGUCGUCGACGCGCAGCUGCCAUUUGUAAAGCAUCACUGCGGGUGACCUGAUGCUGAAAUGUCCUAUUUUGGUAUGGCAUUCAGAACACUUGACCGGCAAGAACCUGGCACUAUUGCUGUCGUCGAUAUUUUCACGUGAUGGAAUCUGCAGUAUUUAUUAGCCAAAACACUCUUGAUUGAUACACAAGUAAGUCGCUGCGACGUGCAUGUUCCUCCGUCUAAUCCCGAGAAGUCCAUUGCGUGCAAGCCUCGGUGAAAUACAGAGUUGCCAUCCUCCUUCCCAAUGCCGCGCUACCACUCCCGUUUCCGGAGACCCAGAAAGCGGUCUUGCAGCACAGGCAGGUCUCGAACUGGUUCGAGAGCGGACGGUAUUCAAAUCUACUCUAGGGUAUUUGUAUCGGUGACUACGCCAUUGAGCGGACCCAGCCACCUUCUUGAUACCCAGCACGAAAAACAGCCAAAACGCAGCCAAAACGCAGCCAGAAUCGGAACGACCAUCAACAUCACCGUCAUGCGAUAACUUACCUCUACGCCUCUGCAGUCAUCCUCAGCAAAGAGAAAGGUCAUCAAGUCCACAAACCCAACACCCCGCCGCGCCUGAAUGCUGGAGUUUGCCCCGUAACCCCUCCUAGCCAACGUCUGCUCGUCGGCCUUGUCCCCGGCCUUGACUCGGUGGUUGUCUUGAUCAUGUCCGUCGUGCCGAUGCCCAUCCUGGCCAGCAUGGUCGUCCGGUUUGUGACAGUGCCAAAACUCCAUCAUCUCAGCCCAGUUCGCGCUGGGGAGGUCCUUCCACUCCAUUAUGGAAUCCCCUGGCACCAGCACCGCAUCGCAACCCCCACAACGCACAGUGGAGCCGGCUGCAAUGUUGACGGCUUCCCAGGGUACCGAGGAGCCGGUAGGCGCAGUAAUCCCCUUUGGUGCUGCCGAGGAAGAUGAAGCCAGGCCCAGCGGGAAUCGCCAGGUCAACUUGCAGCGAUUGUCCGCCGCGGGCUUCAAUGGCAAAAUGGCCGAGCCGCCGCCGCCACCUUGAACGACCGCGGCAGGCAGCUCGAGUAGCCGGGAAUCGUCACGGUGUGUGACGUGAAUACGGCUGCCAUCGCUGAGCAGCAGGGCGCGCGUCGACGUUUCACAUGGCGAGGGGAGGCUGGCCACGACAGAGACCUGCCGGAUGUUGGGUAGCAGUUCCGCGUAGAUUGAGAAGCUGUCUGUCAUGUUUUUGUUUUUGUUGUUUUGCAAAGUGGCAACGUCGGCAAGAAAUUAGAAGCCAGAGGCCUUUGUUCCUCAAGGCGGUGUACGAUGACGGCCAAACAUUGCAUCAAC